AUCCGUGCGUCCGUCGCGUCCGCUCGCGGGUGCCAUGCCAUUCCUCGGGCAGGACUGGCGGUCCCCCGGGCAGAGCUGGGUGAAGACGGCCGACGGCUGGAAGCGCUUCCUGGAUGAAAAGACUGGCAGUUUUGUGAACGACCUCAGCAGUUACUGCAACAAGGAGGUAUACAAUAAGGAGAAUCUUUUCAACAGCCUGAACUAUGAUGUUGCAGCCAAGAAGAGAAAGAAAGACAUGCUGAACAGCAAAACCAAAACUCAGUAUUUUCACCAGGAAAAAUGGAUCUAUGUUCACAAAGGAAGUACUAAAGAGCGCCAUGGAUAUUGCACUUUGGGGGAAGCUUUCAACAGACUGGAUUUCUCAACUGCUAUCCUGGAUUCCAGAAGAUUUAACUACGUAGUUCGGCUGUUAGAACUGAUAGCAAAGUCACAGCUCACAUCCCUGAGUGGCAUCGCCCAAAAGAACUUCAUGAACAUUUUGGAAAAAGUGGUACUGAAAGUCCUUGAAGACCAACAAAACAUCAGGCUCAUAAGAGAACUACUCCAGACUCUCUACACGUCCUUAUGUACGCUGGUCCAAAGAGUGGGCAAGUCUGUGCUGGUCGGGAACAUUAAUAUGUGGGUGCAUCGGAUGGAGACGAUUCUCCACUGGCAGCAGCAGCUGAACAACAUCCAGAUCACACGGCCUGCCUUCAAAGGUCUCACCUUCACCGACCUGCCCUUGUGUUUACAACUGAACAUCAUGCAGAGACUGAGCGACGGCCGCGACCUGGUCAGCCUGGGCCAGGCUGCCCCUGACCUGCACGCGCUCAGUGAGGACCGGCUGCUGUGGAAGAGGCUAUGCCAGUACCACUUCUCCGAGCGGCAGAUCCGCAAGCGAUUAAUUUUGUCGGACAAAGGGCAGCUGGAUUGGAAGAAGAUGUAUUUUAAACUUGUCCGAUGUUACCCAAGGAAAGAGCAGUAUGGAGACACCCUUCAACUUUGCAGACACUGCCACAUCCUUUCCUGGAAGGGCACUGACCAUCCAUGCACGGCCAAUAACCCCGAGAGCUGCUCCGUUUCACUUUCACCCCAGGACUUUAUCAACUUAUUCAAGUUCUGACUCCCAGCACAUGACAGCACUUCAGAAUGUCCCCUGCUGAAAGGAUAGUUGGGAAUAUGGAGUUUGGACGCUUCGUUUGUAAAUAGUGUACAUUCACACAGAAACAAAACCCACAGCUGUCAAGUCGAAUUCCAACUCGUAGCGACCCUAUAGGACAGGGUAGACCUGCCCCAUAGGGUUUCCAAGGCUGUAAACCUUUAUAGAAGCAGAUUGCUGCAUUUUUCUCACACAGAGCGGCUGGCAGGCUGGAACCGCCAACCUGUCAGCAGCCAAGCGCUUAACCACUGCGCCACCACGGCUCAUCCGUACGUUUAUACAUUGGCUCAAAACUCCUGAGAUAAGUCAAUGGGAGGACUUUGGAGGACAGAGAUGCAAUUGCUGACUGGGAGUUUAAGACUACGGACUUCUCAGUAGAAUUGGUAUGGAAAAGCAGAAAAGCAGAAACACUGUAAAUAAACUUUUUUUCCUAACAAUUUGCCAGCAAGACUGUAAGGGCAGGCAUUUUAUUUCAGCGAUGAAAAUGGAUUUCUCUGUAUGUUCACUGAAACUCCUUUAUAGUUCCCUAGAGAUGUGGAAGAAAAGCAAAACUCGAAUACAAGACAGAACACUCUGUUUACAAUGUGAAUGUUUGUAUAAAAGAAGAAGAACAGCAACUACAACUACGUAUGAGAAAUUCCUGGGCUUUCGGUUUUGAUUUUGUGCUUGUUUUGAAAAGGCAAAGAAGCACCGCCCAUUGUUAACCUGCCUGGCACUUAAGGCGUUACCUAACAAAGAUACCACACAAUAGUCUACCUCGGAAAACAUACAGCGUUCUGACAAAGUACCUUGUCCACUAGGCAGUGUCCAUUUUGCUUCUAAGUUUUUCAUCACUAGAAAAAGUGAUUUAAAAGUGGAAAGAGAUGUUGGAAGCAAUCCUUAUCUUGUUUCAGACUUCCUUUUUAGGGGAACAGGGCGCCCUUUGGAGUUGCCCCUUUCGUAGAACAACCCCAAAGCUCAUGCCUUUUCCCCUUUCAUGUUCUAUGUAGCUCAUUUGGGGAAACUGAAUGACAAUUAAAGACAGUCCCAAAGGAAGUCUUGCUGCAGAAAAAAGAGAAUUAGUCACCCCCAAAGCUGUGAAGACUUCCUUUUUUCUAUUUAACUUCCUCACUUGUCUGGGCUUCCUUGGUAUCUUCAUGGGUUGGUGUAGCUCAGCUGACCGGUUGGAGCCCAGGUGCUGAUAAAGGUUUGUGAGACAGGUGUUACGCAUCAGCCAAUUAAGCCUUUUACCAGCUGCUGUUCCCCUUGGGGAGCUGAUGAGCUAAGGAGCUUUCUUUAUGUCCAACAUCAAAAUUUAGUCAUCCUGAGCUAGGGCUUCUUACAAGGGUGAUAAAAUAAAGCCUGGAGGUCCAGCCAAAUAAGGAGAGAAGGUACAAGAGUUCAUCUUAAACUCGCUUGAGGGCUGGGUAGUUAAAAUAGACCCCAGGGGAUCUUGGAAGGCAAAGGAUAGCAAUCUCAACACUUCAUUGUCAAAUAUUCCUGGGAGAGUGGGAAAUGGGUUUUUGUUUUUUUACUUUUUAUAGCACAUUGCUUUUCUACAACAAUGUACAUAUUUUUGCAGUUUUUUUUUUUUCUUCUUCUUUUUUUGGAGGUGGGGUGCAAAAAAAAGUUGCCACCCCUGCAUGCCUUGGCGAAUAACAUGAAGUAGAAAUAGGAACUUGACUCACAUUCUUGUUGAGGAACAGUGUAUCUUUAGGGGUUAAACCUGGAUUUAGAGUGAUCAGGAAGAGAGGGAAGACGGUUAAGCAGGUACAGAAACAAGGCAAGGGACAAGCUCAGGAUGCAAUACCCUCUUCACACCCUUCCCCUCAAUAAUGCACAACCCAAGUACCAGCAUGCAGAAGGGAAGUGAAUCCCAACUCAGGUCUCCUCAUCUCCUCACUUGGCAAUGUUUGUACCUAGACCAGUGUUUCUCAAUCCUUUUCUCAUUAUCACCCCCAUAAGAAGAAAAAUUACUUUGAAAUUAAAUUCUGUCUAAUGAGAUACAUUAAAUAUUAAUAAGAUUUUGUCAGGUAGGGCUAAUUUGGGGAGGGCCACAAACCAUUGUAAUAUCUAAGUUUUUUUUUUGUCCCCGCAAGAACAAAUUUCACAUGGAGAAUGCAUAGCCUGGACUGUUGAAUAAAAAACUAGCUCUUCCAUAAUUCAGCCAGGUUUUCUCAGAACUUCUGAGUUUCCUUAAGGAAGGAGUUGGGUCUGCCGUUGGUGUAAGAGCUCUGGAACCUUCGACUUUGAGUGACAUUUUUAGGUUUAGGGGUUCACGGCCUUCCGUGUUUACCCACCAAUCAUGGCCUCUGCCUCUUCUUGCUGAUCAAGUAUGUGGGACUCCUUGGCACCGCCAGGUUUGCAGCCCCAGAAAUGUUGCCUGCUUUGGGCAGUCAGCACAAAACUGGUGAAGCAGGCUCAUCUGGACUGUCCGCAAUGCAAAUGAUUUCCCACUAGAGGCAACAAUGCACAUUUGUGCAGACUGAUCCCUACCCCCAGGCGAUAGCGGUUGCCAUAGAGUCUAUUCCGAAUCAUGGCGACCCCAUGUGUUUCAGAGUAGAACUGCCCUCUGUAGGGUUUUCAUGGCUGUGACCUUUCAGAAGUAGAUCACCAGGCCUUUCUUCCAAGGUGCCUCUGGGUGGACUCGAACUGGCAACCUUUCAGUUAGUAGCUAAAUGCUUAAUCGUUUGCACCACCCUGGGAUUCCCACCCCAAGUGACAGGGUUACAGUUUUCUAAAACGUUUGCCAAGAUGGUGCCUCUGGGCUCUCCCCAGCUUCUGUGGAGUUAUUAGAGUUGGUAUAGGACAGAGUCAAAGAAGAAUUUUAAGGAAAAAAAGAAGAAACCAACAUCUGUGGUCUUCUUUCAUUGGAAGGGAAGAAUAAAGAAGGAAAUGGCAGGUGGAGGAGGAGAGGGAAAGGAGUAGAAACGGUGUAUCUCUGAUGUUGUGGUUUGUAUGGGGACAAUGGGGAAGCUCACAACAACACAGUAUCUGUGUUAGCACCACAUGGUACGUGUUUAAGCAUGGCCAGAGCCUCAUAUGAAAGUAAAGUGAGUUAAAAAGACAAAACUCUUCCAGAGAAGAGUUCUGUGCACGGCAGGCUGGGCAGAUCCACAGGGACAUUAUGAUUUGGUGCAACUCAAAGGUUCUGAACAUUGAGCCUAGUGUCUCUUGAGAGUAAGGCACAACAGCCUUUGGGGAAAGAAUAUGUGAAGUUUAGGAGUGCUCGCUAUACAUCAAGAUCUAGAAAAAAAUCCGAUGAUAUUUUAAACAAGAUGGCAUUAUUCCUCAACAUUGUUACUUAGAUGAAUCAGA